AUGAAGUUUAUUUCCUGUCUUUUUUUUUUUUUUUUUUUUUUGGUCGUUAUUCUUCACCAGUAUGGUAAGAUAUCAUUUCAAAGAACCUUAUUCAUGACACUCAAAGUAAAUGAGAAAAAGACUUUACUUGAGUAUGUCUUGGAUAAUACGGGCAAGGAUGUUCCAUUACUACCCAGUUUGAAAGAGUACAUGGAAACGGUGGAUGUAUACCAAUCCAAAAAACGACCUGUACCUGUAAUUCCAAUUCAAGAAUCAUUUGACGACUUUAUGAAAGAGUUAGUAACUCGCUUAGUUAUGGAAAAAUCAAACAACGUUAUAGCUUAUGGGUAUAAAACUUCAGCAACGGACACUCGAAGUGCAUUUACAACAUUUCAUCCGAGUGGUAAUUUCGUUUUAACUCACAUUACAAGCCAUAACUGGAGUACAAUCUUUCUGUUGCUCGGACCUAAAAUUUUUUUAGAUCUACUAGUUAAUAAUAAGGGGUUUGUUAACAAGCUGCAUGGUGAAUCCGUUCAAAUAUUUGGGGAUGUUAGUUCCCACAGAAAGACUGUACCCGUUUCCAAAUCAAUAACCAAAUUCAAUGUGCUUUACAACACCUAUAAUAGAGACUACUCGCGUUUUGCGAUAAUCAGACCAGGUAUCCAAAUUAUAUUGCAGGAUAUUUUUUCCUUUUCUGGUUUAAAUCCAGGAAGAUCAUCCAAAAGAUGUCGAGGUCUUAAAAGUUUGCUCUCAAGAAUCCUUGCUAAUGAUAGGAAGUGUAGAUACGAUAUUCUAUAUGCUAAGUUUAUUGGCACAUCAAAGUGCAACUUUGCAAACGUAAUGAGUAACGAGACGGAAAUGCCCAAGGUUAUUCAGUUUGUACUUUUGAUAUUGGGUAAAUUGUUACCUUUAGAUGCUUGGGGAGGUAUUUCCAAUAAAAAGAUUCUAAAGGACCGAGUGGUUGAUUUUUUGUUACUUGGGGCAAAUGAAAAGUUACAUAUGGAUGAUUUGUUCAGAGGAAUUAAGCUUAAAGAUUUCAAGUGGUUGGGCAGAGCUAACCAGAUUUCUUCAAAGCAGGAUUUUGAACUUCGAACUACUUUUCUAAAGGGGUAUCUUUGGUGGUUGUUUGAUUAUGUACUUAAAAAUAUCCUUCGUACUUUCUGGUACAUUACGGAAACUUCUAGUAUAAUGAGUUCCGAGUUGCAUCAUUUCCCACAGUAUUUAUGGAAAGGAUUAUAUGAAUCAUGGGUGUCCAAAUAUGCAAACAAAAAUCUUGUAAAAAUGCCAUCCAAAAUACAAAAAGAACAGCUACCAUGUGGGAAGAUUAAACUCAUACCCAAGCGGUCAAGUUUCCGUGUUAUUUGUGUACCAAGCAAAAGAUCCUUGAAAUUAAUAAACCAAAAAUUAGAUCCCGAUGUGUUGGAGAAAGAGAAACAGGAAUUUGAAAGAUAUAGAAAAGAAGUUCUACUGCCAGUGGGUCAAAUACUACGUUUGAAAUUAUCGAAACUAAAACAUCAAUAUGCAAGUUAUAGGGCAUCCGUACACUCCAGUUCCGAGGUGGCUGAUCAAAUACUAGAUUAUAGAGAUUCUUUGCUUGUUAGAUUUGGCAAACUCCCGAAGCUUUAUAUUAUAAAAUUUGAUAUGAAGGAAUGCUAUGAUAGACUCAGCCAACCAGUAUUGAUGCAAAAGCUUGAGGAACUUUUCAAAAACGAGGAUAAUAACACUCUGUAUUAUGUUCGACACUAUGCUCAGUUAGAUAUGUCUCACAAAUUGAAAAAAGUGAAAACCACCAUAGAUACCAAAUAUCACAAUUUGAACAUUUUAUCGAGCUGUACGCAUAACAACAACUAUGGAACUUUGGUUGAUAAGACCAAGACAACAGUAUUGCAGAAAGGUAACAUCUUGGAAAUUUGCCGAAGUCAAAUCUACGAUGUAGUUGGUUCAGUAAAAGAUGCGCAAGGAUAUUUGCACCUAUAUAAAAGGAAACGAGGCGUGUUUCAAGGGUUCUCAUUGCUGUCUAUAUUUUGCGAUAUACUUUAUAGUGCAAUGGUCCAUGAUUGCUUCGAUUUUUUGUGGAAAUCGAAACUGGAUUUUUUAUUUGUACGAUUAGUCGAUGAUUUUUUGCUUCUCACACCGGAUUCCAAUGUUUAUCAUCAAAUGCAAGAUAUAAUAUCAGGAAAAUUACUUGAGAGCUAUGGAGCGUUUGUUAACAAGGAUAAAACAGUUGUUGUCAACCAGACAACUACUAGUCCAACUAUAGAUUUCGUUGGGCUCGAAUUGAAUACAACAGACCUAAGUAUCAAGAGGAACUCCAGCCUGAUAAGUUUAGUAACCACAAAUUUUAGAACAUUCAAGACUUUGGUUAAACAUUUAAAGACUUUCUAUCAAUGGAAUUUGGAAGGAUUUCUCUUGGACUGUUGUUCUGGGGUAUUAGAAAAUGUCCUUGGAAAUACUGCGUCACUACUUAGGUUAAUUUUGAGGGAGUUCAAAACAAAGUUUGCGUCCAUUGCAAAACACGAUACAUUUCAUUGUUACAAAUUUAUCAAAUUCCUAUAUGACAUAAGUAAUUACACAAUCGUUAAAUACGUUGAAACCAACAGCGACUGGGAUGGAGCACCUGAACUAUUGAAUUACGUUAAACAAAUAAUUGUCAAGGAAUCUUCCUCUUUCGAGGAUUAUCUGGAAAUAGUAGACUGGGUACAAACUUUAAAUAUAUAA